AGUGAUUGAUUCCCUUUGCGGCGCGUGGAGACGGUGAAAGCUAUGGCUAAUCUUCCCCCUUCGCUAUCUUUGAAAUCUGUCACUUUCUCCGGACCUUCUUCUUCCUCCAACGAUCGCAAGUUAUCGCCGCCGGAGCAGCUGGUGCUCGACAUCUGCAACCCCGAACUCAGGGAAAAUGCUCUUCACGAGUUGUCCAAGAAGAGAGAAAUCUUUCAAGAUUUGGCUCCGCUUCUAUGGCAUUCUGUUGGUACCAUUGCUGCUCUUCUACAGGAGAUCAUCUCGGUUUACCAUGUCCUAUCUCCUCCAACUAUGACUCCUGCUCAAUCCAACAGGGUCUGCAAUGCCCUUGCGCUUCUUCAGUGUGUUGCUUCUCAUCCUGAAACGAGAAUGUUGUUCCUCAAAGCUCAGCUACCAUUGUACCUUUAUGCUUUCUUGAAUACAUCAAGCAAGUCAAGACCCUUUGAGUACCUGCGGCUGACUAGCUUGGGGGUUAUUGGUGCACUUGUCAAGGUUGAUGAUACAGAAGUGAUCAGAUUCCUUCUUAAAACUGAAAUUGUCCCAUUGUGCCUCCGGACAAUGGAAAAUGGCAGCGAGUUAUCAAAGACUGUUGCUACCUUCAUUGUUCAGAAGGUUUUGCUGGACGAUGUUGGGCUUGAGUACAUGUGCACCACAGCGGAGAGAUUCUUUGCUCUGGGUCGAGUUUUGGGAAAUAUGGUGACUUCACUUGCAGAAGGACCUUCUCCUAGGCUGCUAAAGCACAUCAUACGCUGUUAUCUCCGCUUGACAGAUAACCCCAGGGCCUGCGAUGCACUCGGAAACUGCCUUCCAAGUCUUCUAAGGGAUGCCACCUUCAGCAGCUGUCUCUAUGAUGAUCCUCCUGCAAGGCAAUGGCUGCAGCAACUGCUCCACAACGUUAGUGUUGGUGGUCGACCACCUCGAGGGUUCGAGCAGAUGCUUCUGAACUAAAUCGAAUCCCUGAGAUUAUAUUAUGGGCAAAAACUAUUAUUCAUUGGACAAAAAAGUUAGGCAGAAUCAGAUUUUACAGAUGAGGAAAAGAAACUCAUAACAACAGAUUUUGAGUAUGAUAUGGAUAUAUGUAUUCGGAUUUCCAAACUGCCUUAUGAUGUUGCAAUUAAUAACUAAA